AUGUUGCUCUCGACUAAAUUUGAUCUUUUUAUCAUAGGCGGAGACUUCAACGCCCGGCUGGGAACCCUCAACACAGUCUCACCUGAAGCUGCAGCCGGUUCUCGUGUCACGCUCAUAAGACACUCAAUGGACACGAAGAUUACCCAGAGAGGUACUGUCCUAAACGAUUUCAUGGAGGAGCAUGGAUUUGUACUCCUGAAUGGCAGAUGUCAUCCGGACAUCCCUAGCAGACACACUUUCUUUGGAGCCCAGGGUCUAAGUGUUGUAGAGUUGGUGUGGGUAAAUGCCUCAAGCCUGGAUCUUAUUUCUGAAUUCAGAGUUGAUCAAAGUUCUUACAGAUCAGACCAUUACCCCAUCACAGUCAAGAUAGCCACAGGCACGCAUGGGCCACGCACGGCGUCUCCUCCAACCGCUCGACGUACAGUUUCCCGCCUAAAAUGGGACCAGAGUGCGGCUCCGACGUUCCAACACGCAAUGAGGUGGUCACCACUAGCUAUGUUCGUCAACAAGGACAUGAGUGCUAACUCCUUGAACGCGAAUCUCGUGAAGGCGAUCCAACUGGGUGCUGAGUCUUCGGAGUUAAUCUCAACCAGCUCCAACGCACGUAAACCACUAACUCACAAGCCUUGGUUUGAUGUUGACUGCCGGUCUGCAAAACGCCAACUAAUGGAACUGCACAGCAUCUGCAGAAGCCACAACUUCUCCUAUCCCUCUAACAAUGGCAAAUUUCUCCAGCUAAGAGCCUCCUAUCAAAAACUUGUAAGUGAUAAGAAAAAAAAACUACAGGAAAAAAGUUGCAAAUGA